AUGGAUAAAUCAAACAACAAGUCUGGAUGUUUCUUCAAAGAGAUAGAGGCACUAAAGUAUCAACAUCAUAGUGGAGGUCAUGGAGAUGUCAGCACUACUGUAACCACUCUAUUGUCAACUCCACGUGGAGGUAGUAGCAAUGUCACGGUCCAUCCUCAGACACAGACUCAGUCCACAGAUCCUGAACAGCAUGAUGAUGUUCAAUUGUUAAAGAAUAGAAUAGAACAGUUGGAAAAGAUGAUUGGAGUGCAGGUGGAGGAGAGCCAAGCACUGAGGCGAGACAAGGUUGAAGCAAAGAAUGACAAUGACAAGAUGAUCAAGGUGCUGGAGAAUAGUUUGGCAUCAAAGGAGGACGAGUUACAAGGAUUGAGAACUCUGGCGCAACAACUAUCUGCAUCCGAAUCAUCAACAAUUGAGCUCAAACAACAACUUCAAGUUAAGUCGGAUCGUAUCACAUUGCUACAAGAGCAACUGGAUGAACUUGGACAAGAGAGAAAUAGCCUGGAGGACGAUGCCAACAUUACACAACAACAAUUGGACAAGUUCAGAGCUGAUAUAUCCACGUGCAAGACUCUGGCAACAGAGAUGAUCAACCAACUCAAUCGUUUGACAAUCGAGAACGAAGAGUUACAACAACAGUGCUCGUUAGACGAGCGCAACGUCCAAGCCUACAGAGCCAAGAUCGACAACUUUAUGGAGUUGUGGAGUCAACAAGACCAGCUGUGGCGUCAAUUGCUUGGUAGUCCUGGUGGACUGCCCAGACAGUAUGCCUCGACAUCCGCCCCCGUCUCGCCAAACCCAUCCAACACCUCCUUCUCCAAGUCUAGAACACCUGUCAAAAUAGUCAACUCGCCACUCAGUAUUAAAGAGUACCUGUAG